AUCAAGGUAUUCUUACCAAAGCGCCGCAACCUUCCUUCCAUCUAGAUCAAGAUGAAACAACUUAUGUAAAGUUAGGGCACUACUGUAUUUUUAUGAUAUCGCUUUAUUGAACGGCUCUGACAGAGAAGCAGCCAUUGUCAUUUACUGUUCUGGUAAUGGUGUGUUGUGUUGAGUGGAGUGAGCGAGAGGAUACGAUUAUUAACUCCAGCAGUGGAUGAACAUGACAAUUGGAAAACUGAACAACCUGGUGGCCAAAUUAGACCACAGAUGUAUUUCUUCAAUUUUGAAACAAGCUCUGAUGACGACUAUGGUUUCAAAGGUCCAUCUCUCCACAAUUCCGCCUAAACCGGUCAUCCCCUCCAAGAAGCCUUUCAAAGUGGAUCUUGUUGGUGGAAAGCGUUACUCUUGGUGCACCUGUGGACACAGCAAGAAGCAGCCUUUCUGCGAUGGAACACACAAGACCAAAGCCCAGGGCCUGUCGCCACUACGCUUUGUCCCGGAGAAAGACACCACAGUUUGGCUGUGUGGCUGCAAAUACACAAACAACCGUCCAUACUGCGAUGGCACGCACAAGCAGGACUUCAUCAUAUCUGCCCCACUGCAUGAACCAAGCUAAUAGUUAAAACGCAUCUUGCUAUUAAAGUGCCUUUUUGGCCAAACUGAAAUGUCCAAUUUCACUGGACAUUUAGAACAACGGUUAUAAAUGCAUAUUUACAUUUAUAUAAAUGUCAAUGGUUUCCAUUUAAAUCUCCUACAUUGGCAAACCUCUAGACCAAGUGGUUCUUAACCUUAUUAGAGGUGCCGAACCCAACCAGUUCAUAUGCACAUUAAUCGAACCCUUCAUUACUGAAAAAUAAAAAUUCAUGUUCUUUCAAUUUUGCCGGUGCGAGACUAGAGUUGCUCAACUUGGCAUGACAAAUCAUGUAAAUAGGAUGCUGAGUCCCAUCACGUUCCGUGAUGCAUGUGAAUCCAUGUGGUACAUAUUUGUACGACCAAUUUUUUUUUUUGCUCAACAUAGUUACCAUGAAAACAUUCUAAAAAUAAAUCAUACAACAUAACAUGUGACUGUCGUGAUAGUGACUAAUGAACAACCUAAAUUUCCCGCAGCACUGAUUGUAAUUUGAUCCAUCUGCAGCCAGCGAUGGCCAAGUGGGUGUGUCAUAACAAAUUGACAUGUUGAGUCCGGUGUGUCUGAACCUCCAUGACAGAGGUUCCUGUUGAACCCCCGAGACCGAUUCAUCGAACCGCCGGGCUUCGAUCGAACGCAGUUUAAGAACCACUGGUCAAGACAGUUUGUGAGUGUUAGUUAACAGUUAAGUGAAUGGUUUCUUCGUCAAAGCUUAUCUUUGGGAUGUAGAUAAAUUAAGCAUAAUAAAUAUCUUAAAACUGCCA